GCAAAACUUAGAAAAGAGUACAGCAGUUGUUAAUCUUCAGUGACAAACUCAUUUUUUAGUGAGCAACGAAGAUACUGCAAGAUUACACAGCGUCUCAUAGGCGCCACAAUGAUAGCAAAACUUUUACUCCUAGCCCUGCUAGGCCUAGCUCACGCGAGGCCUCAUGCAGACGAGGAACCCCUGACAGAAACCCUCACUCCUCACGACCUAUGCCCUAAGGAGCUGAAGCAUUUGCUUCUGCCCCACGAAUAUGACUGCACCAAGUUCUAUUACUGUGAAUACGGGUAUAGAAGGGAGCCUGCAAGAGACUGCUCACCUGGUACCGUCUUCGAUGAUGAUAGACAGGUGUGCGUCCAUCCUGCAGAAACUAAUUGUACCCUACCCGGAGUACCUCCGGCAACUACUGCGAAACCGGAAGAGACAGAAAUAACUCAGGAACCCACAACCAAGGAACCCGUAACUCAGGAACCCACAACUCAGGAACCCGUUACUCAGGAACCCACAACCAAGGAACCCGUAACUCAGGAACCAACAACCAAGGAACCCACAACUCAGGAGCCCCUAACUCAGGAACCAACAACUCAGAAACCUGUAACUCAGGAACCCACAACUCAGGAACCCACAACCAAGGAACCCACAACCCAGGAACCCACAACUCAGGAGCCCGUAACUCAGGAACCCACAACUCAGAAACCUGUAACUCAGGAACCUGAGACUGAAGCUCCCGUGGAACCCGCUCCAGAACCCAAACCAGAGACAGAUAAUGGCGCAGGGGAUCUCCCCAACGGAUGUCCAGCUGACUUCGAUGUCCACCGACUCCUGCCCCACGAGAGCGACUGCAGCAAGUUCUAUUACUGCAACUUCGGAGGCCUGGUGUUGAGACAGUGCGCACCUGGAACUCUCUUCAAUCCUAAACUGCAGGUCUGCGACUGGCCACGGAACGUAGACUGUGAACACGGUAGCGGUGACGGAAACGGCGAUGGUGACAACGGUGACGGUAACGGAAAUGGUGACGGUAACGGAAAUGGUGACGGUGAUGGAAGCGGUGAUGGUGACAAUGGAAACGGAAACGGUGAUAACGGAGGAAAUCUGGAUAACGGAUGCCCAGCCGACUUCGACGUGCACAAGCUCCUACCCCACGAAUCUGAAUGCGGUCGCUUCUACAACUGCGUCUUCGGAAAGAAGGUAGAACAGAAUUGCCCCGCUGGACUCCACUUCAACCCCAAAAUCCAAGUCUGUGACUGGCCCAAUAACGCUGGAUGUGAAGCCGGAAAUGGUGAUGGAAAUGGAAACAGUGAUGGUGAUAACAGCGGUGAAGGUGACAACAGCGGUAAUGGAAAUGGUGAUGGAGAUAAUGGCGGUGACAACGGAGGUGACGGAAACGGAAACGGUGAUAACGGAGGCCACUUGGAUAACGGAUGCCCAGCCGAUUUCGACGUUCACCAACUUCUGCCACAUGAAUAUGACUGCGGUCGCUUCUACACCUGCGUGUUCGGAAAGAAAGUAGAACAGAUUUGCCCCGCUGGACUUCACUUCAACCCCAAAAUCCAAGUCUGUGACUGGCCUCACAACGCUGGAUGCGAAUCUGGCAAUGGUGGUGGUGACAACGGUGGCGAUGGAAACGGAAAUGGUGAUAACAACGGUAGCAACAGCGGAGAGGAUGGUGGUAGCAACGGUAGCAACAGCGGAGAGGAUGGUGGUAGCAACGGUAGCAACAGCGGAGAGGAUAGUGGUAGCAAUAGCGGAGAGGAUGGCGGUAGCAACGGUAGCAACAGCGGAGAGGAUGGUGGUAACAACGGUAGCAACAGCGGAGAGGAUGGUGGUAGCAGCGGUAGCAACAGCGGAGAGGAUGGUGGUAACAACGGUAGCAACAGCGGAGAGAACGGUGGCGACAAUGGUGGUGAUGGAAAUGGAAAUGGUGACGGUACUCUGGAAAAUGGCUGCCCAGCUGACUUCGAUGUUCACCAACUUUUGCCCCACGAAUCUGACUGCGGUCGCUUCUACAACUGCGUCUUCGGAAAGAAAGUAGAACAGAUUUGCCCCGCUGGACUUCACUUCAACCCCAACCUUCAAGUUUGCGACUGGCCUAAACACGCUGGAUGUGAAUCUGGAAACGGUGAUGGUGACAACGGUGGAGACAAUGGUGGUGAUAACGGUGGAGAUAAUGGUGGCGACAAUGGCGGCGACAACGGUGGUGACAACGGAGGAGAUGGAAACGGAAAUGGUGAUGGUGAUAACGGAAACGGUGAUAAUGGAGGAAAUCUGGAUAACGGAUGCCCAGCUGACUUUGACGUGCACCAGCUUCUGCCCCACGAAUCUGACUGCGGUCGCUUCUACAACUGUGUCUUUGGAAAGAAGGUAGAACAGAAUUGCCCCGCUGGACUUCACUUCAACCCCAAAAUCCAAGUUUGCGACUGGCCUUCUGCUGCUGGAUGUGAAUCUGGCAACGGUGGUGGUGACAACGGUGGUGACGGAAAUGGCGAUGGCGAUAACGGUGGUGACGGAAACGGUGAUGGUGAUAACAGCGGUGACGGAAACGGAAACGGUGAUAACGGAGGCCACUUGGAUAACGGAUGCCCAGCCGAUUUCGACGUUCACCAACUUCUGCCACAUGAAUAUGACUGCGGUCGCUUCUACACCUGCGUAUUCGGAAAGAAAGUAGAACAAAUUUGCCCCGCUGGACUUCACUUCAACCCCAAAAUCCAAGUUUGCGACUGGCCUGACAAUGCUGGAUGUGAAUCUGGUGACGGAAAUGGCAGUGGUGAUAACGGUGGCGACAACAGUGGUGACAACGGAGGCGACAGUGGUGUAGAUAGCGGAGAAAACGGUGGUGACAACGGCAGCAACAGCGGAGAGAACGGUGGUAACAACGGUAGCAACAGCGGAGAGGAUAGUGGUAGCAGCGGUAGCAACAGCGGAGAGGAUGGUGGUAGCAGCGGUAGCAACAGCGGAGAGGAUGGUGGUAGCAGCGGUGGCAACAGCGGAGAGGAUGGUGGUAGCAGCGGUAGCAACAGCGGAGAGGAUGGUGGUAACAACGGUAGCAACAGCGGAGAGGAUGGUGGUAACAACGGUAGCAACAGCGGAGAGAACGGUGGUGACAAUGGAGGAGACAACGGUGGUGACAGCGGAGAGAAUGGUGGCGACAAUGGUGGUGAUGGAAAUGGAAAUGGUAACGGUACUCUGGAAAAUGGCUGCCCAACUGACUUCAGCGUUCACCAGCUUCUUCCACACGAAUAUGACUGCGGUCGCUUUUACACCUGCGUCUUCGGAGAGAAGGUGGUACAGAAUUGCCCCGCUGGACUUCACUUCAACCCCAAAAUCCAAGUCUGCGAUUGGCCUUCUGUUGCUGGAUGUGAAUCUGGUAACGGUAAUGGUGAUAAUGGUGGCGACGGAAACGGUGAUGGUGACAACGGAAACGGUGAUGGUGAUGGUGACAACGGAAACGGUGAUGGUGAUAACGGAGGAAAUCUGGACAACGGAUGCCCAGCUGACUUCGACGUUCACCAGCUUCUGCCCCACGAAACUGACUGCGGUCGCUUCUACACCUGUGUCUUCGGAGAGAAGGUAGAACAGAAAUGCCCCGCUGGACUUCACUUCAACCCCAAAAUCCAAGUCUGUGAUUGGCCUUCAGUUGCUGGAUGUGAAUCUGGUAACGGUGAUGGUGAUAAUGGUGGCGACGGAAACGGUGAUGGUGACAACGGCAACGGCGACGGUGAUAAUGGAAACGGUGAUGGUGAUAACGGAAACGGCGACGGUGAUAAUGGAAACGGUAAUGGUGAUAACGGAGGAAAUCUGGACAACGGAUGUCCAGCUGACUUCGACGUUCACCAGCUUCUGCCUCACGAAUCUGACUGCGGUCGCUUCUACACCUGUGUCUUCGGAGAGAAGGUAGAACAGAAAUGCCCCGCUGGACUGCACUUCAACCCCAAAAUCCAAGUCUGCGAUUGGCCAGCCAACGCUGGAUGCGAAGCCAACAGCGGUGAAGAUGGUGGUGACAACGGCGGUGACAACAGCGGUGAAAAUAGUGGUGAAGAUGGUGGUGACCAUGGAGGCGAUAACGGAGGUGACAACGGAGGAAACAACAGUGGUGAAAACGGAGGGGACAGCGGUGUUGAUAGCGGAGAGAACGGUGGUGACAAUGGUAGCAACAGCGGAGAGAAUGGUGGUGAUAACGGUAGCAACAGCGGAGAGAACGGUGGUGACAACGGUAGCAACAGCGGAGAGAACGGUGGUGACAACGGUAGCAAUAGCGGAGAGAACGGUGGUGACAACGGUAGCAACAGCGGAGAGAACGGUGGUGACAACGGUAGCAACAGCGGAGAGAACGGUGGUGACAGCGGUAGCAACAGCGGAGAGAACGGUGGUGACAACGGUAGCAACAGCGGAGAGAACGGUGGUGACAGCGGUAGCAACAGCGGAGAGAACGGUGGUGACAACGGUAACAACAGCGGAGAGAACGGUGGUGACAGCGGAGAGGACGGUGGUGAAGACAAUGGUAACGGAGGCGAAACCGAACCGGACCACAGCAAAUGCUCCGAUGCCUGCAACAUCCUCCCGUGGGCCCAUGAGACCGCUUGUGACAAAUACUGGCGCUGCGAAGGUGAAAAAGCUGUCUUAGUCAUAUGUGCUGAAGGCCUACACUUCAAUGCCAGAACAGGCACCUGUGACUUCAUUUGUAAUGCCAAUUGUACACGAAACAACGUACAAACCACUGGUGACGCUAAUGGUCUGAAGAUAUUCGUGCCGUGGGAUAAGGUUAAUGAUAGCAUGAGGGAUAUUUACGAUGUUUAAAUAAUAUAAAUACUUUUACAUAAUAUAAAUACUUACUUAUAACAUAUUUAUGUAAGAAAUAUUCAAAAACCAAUAGAAAGAUCACGAUUCCAUAGCUUAGACACACAAAAUUUGACAAAAGAAAUGUAAGGAAUAAUAUAUUAAAUAAAAUUAAAAUUAUUUUAAAAUGUACACGUAAAUUAUAAUAAAUUUAUUUCAAUUUAA